CAUGUCUAUAGGCGACGGUUACCACUUUCCAUCAGGUGGGCCGUCAGCUUGUUUGCCAUUCUAAGUUGUAUAAAAAAAAACUUUCAUAUUCACAAAAACUAAUAUAAACCUAUUUUAACUAUUACACAGUUUUGUCAUUUUUCAUUCGAACUGAGUUAUUAUAUCAGCCAUUAACUGCUAAAUAUCCCUCCCACUAUUGGGGGAUCCACAUAAUUUGCUGGUAGUUGCUACACUUGGCAGGUGGAGUUAAGCUCUGGUGGUGUUUUAGGAGGGACGCUCCUGCCCUCGACCAUCGAGUUCCUUUACUCACCUCUUACGACCUAUUCUAUGACAAUAUUAACCUCUUUUAUUAUAUCUAAGACAUCUAGACGAUUGUGGCUAUCGACAGAGUUCUUUAACUUCAACUUUGUCAUUCAACCAGAACUGUCAACAAACCAAAAUAAACCAAACACAAAACUGAAGAAAGCAAACGAAUCAAAAAUUCUUACUUUACGUUUCUUAUCCAACGUACAAUGCCAACGAAUGGCCAGACCGAUAGACCCAAAGUUAUUCGACAUCACGAAACUAAAUGAGAUCAAACCUAAAGAGAAGUCUGUGUUCGACAGAGCCGUGCAGAAAAUAAGCAACAGUGAGAGUAAGAAUUUAAUUCUCGGUACAGUGUCAGGGUGGGUUUCUGGCGUGAUUUUGGUGAGGGUGGGCAAGGUAGCAGCGUUUGGGUUAGGCGGUGGGGUGAUCCUACUCCAUUUCGCCAGUCAGUACGGUUACAUUAGCGUGAAUUGGGAACGAGUGAAGGAACUCGGGGACCGCAGCCAGACCCUGGUGGAGUCCUUGCUGCGCUACAUGAGGAGGAACAGCUGCUACUCCGUGGGCUUCGUCGGCGGCUUCUUCUUCGGCGUGGCCUCCACGUAAUUGUAAGGUGUAAGGGAACAGGCGAUGUAUUUAUUUGAAUUAAAGAAAUAGAUAUUUAUCUUGCCUAAUUAUUCACUCAAAAAAGACUGUUAUGGUCAUGAGUUUGUAUUUGACUGAUACUAACCGUCUUAUCACAAACAAACUUGUAAUAGAAGGGGAAAGAAAUUGUAAUAAUGGGGGUCUAACAAACCCAUUAUUAGCAAUAUACCCUACUAGG